GCAUGUCGCGCGCGCGCUUAGAACAGCGACCAUUUGGAAAGGAAAGGAGGAGGAGGACGGCUUCUUGUAGAAAGAGAGAGAGAGAGAGGAAAAGCAAAGAUUUGAUAUUCAAGGACGGUUGAUAGCGACGAGUCCCGAAGGGGGCGAGCUCAUGCUUUCGUCUACUCCUUCUCCUCCUCCCUAUCCACACCAGCAAAAGUCGCUCCCGUCACCCAGUUUUUGUCCUUAUCGUAACAGGGCUGCAACUUUGCGUGUGAGGGCGCGUGGGUUUCGCCGUGUCCGCUCGCAGCUCGAAGAAAUCUCUCUCUUUCUCUCUCUCUCUCUCUGAGUCGAACUCGCCAGAAGUCUUCAUCGAGGUCCUUGCUUAUGGAUUCUAAGUCUGUUGUGGAUAUGAUAGAGGCCUCAUCAGGGCCCCAUUUCUCUGGUUUUCACAUGGAUGGUUUGCAGCCUAGAGAUCUAGCGGAGCAACCAUCAACCUCAGUGACUGAAAACAUGCCUAAGGAACCGUUUGUCAUCGGUGUUGCCGGUGGAGCAGCAUCUGGAAAGACUACAGUUUGUGACAUGAUUAUUCAGCAGCUUCAUGAUCAGCGUGUCGUACUUGUUAACCAGGAUUCAUUCUAUCAUCGUUUGAGUGAAGAGGAACUUGCACGAGUUCAUGAAUACAACUUUGACCAUCCCGAUGCAUUCGACACUGAGCAACUGCUCUGUUCUAUGGACAAAUUGAAGAAUGGUCAGGCUGUAGAUGUACCCAUUUAUGACUUCAUGAGUCACAGGAAUAAUGUCUAUCCGGCUAGAAGGGUGAAUCCUUCAGAUGUUAUAAUCUUAGAAGGCAUACUGAUUUUUCAUGAUCCUCGUGUCCGUGAGCUGAUGAACAUGAAGAUAUUUGUUGAUACAGAUGCUGAUGUACGUCUUGCAAGGAGGAUACGGCGUGAUACUGCUGAGAAGGGACGGGAUAUUGGUGCUGUACUUGAUCAGUACUCAAAAUUUGUGAAGCCUGCUUUUGAUGAUUUUAUCCUUCCAACGAAGAAGUAUGCGGAUAUCAUUAUUCCCCGUGGAGGAGACAAUCACGUGGCCAUUGAUCUAAUAGUGCAGCAUAUUAGGACAAAGCUUGGCCAGCACGAUUUAUGUAAAAUAUACCCAAACUUGUAUGUCAUUCAAUCGACUUUUCAGAUUCGGGGUAUGCAUACUCUAAUACGUGAUUCUCAGAUAACAAAGCAUGACUUUAUCUUCUAUGCUGAUCGAUUAAUUCGAUUGGUGGUUGAGCAUGGCCUGGGGCACCUGCCAUUCACUGAAAAGCAGGUGGUGACACCUACUGGAUCUGUAUAUACUGGUGUGGAUUUCUGUAAGAGAUUAUGUGGUGUUUCUGUUAUUCGGAGUGGUGAGAGUAUGGAGAAUGCUCUGCGAGCAUGUUGUAAAGGUAUAAAGUUAGGGAAGAUUCUUAUUCACAGGGAAGGGGAUAAUGGCCAGCAUCUAAUUUAUGAGAAAUUGCCGACAGACAUCUCUGAGAGGCAUGUUUUGCUGCUAGAUCCUAUUCUUGGAACAGGCAAUUCAGCUGUUCAAGCAAUUUCUUUACUCAUAAGGAAGGGUGUACCAGAGUCCAACAUCAUAUUUCUUAACCUCAUAUCUGCGCCUCAGGGUGUGCAUGUAGUAUGCAGAACCUUUCCAAGAAUAAAGAUCGUGACUUCUGAGAUUGAAGUUGGGUUAAAUAAAGAUUACCGUGUUAUACCUGGCAUCGGCGAGUUUGGAGAUCGAUAUUUUGGUACAGAUGAAGACGACCAGCUGGUAAUCACCUCUUCAUCAUAGUUUGUUCGAAGCAGCUGUUUGGCCUGAUCUGGAGUUGAGUAAGUUUGAAUUUGACCCAGAUAACUCGCUUAAAUUACUUUUGGUUAGAUUGGCUCCAUCUUUCAGAAGUGGUGAAUAAGAAUAUACGUUAUUCAAUCUCUUUCACUUUUAGUUGUCCCGCGAUCAGGGGCUGUGUAUGUAUCAAUGAAAUGUCUCAAUGUACAUCGAGCGGAGACCUGUAAUUAUGUCAAUGACACCAGGAUAAGACAUGGUUCAUUCAUGCCAAAUCUCCUGAAUUUGUGCUAUCA